AUGCCAAGUCUGGCGGCUGCACUUCGAGCCACCUGCAUGGAUGUUGAUGUAUGUCACCCUCUGUGGCUGCCACUUGCUCCCAUCUUGGAACGUCUGGCUACUGUGUUCUGCUCGUACUUGGAUGCACUGCCAGAGCAUGAACAGUGCGCGCGAACAGACGACCUGCAUGAUCACUUGGCAGAUGAUGACCUCCACGAAUGGUUUCCGGAAGCGCGCUGUCGAAGACAGCUCGGGGCAUACGGGGAUCAACACAAGAACGACGACGUGAUUUGCUCUAAGACGGCUCCAAGUGCCCGGUACAAGAUGCCAGGGAUUUUUCACUUCUGCUGUCCACACGGUGUUUGCCUUGGCUUCACUGUUAUGCUUGACCACGAGUCCCCAGUGCACCCGUUCUCGAUUCUGUGCCAGCGGUGGCAGGUGACGGAUAGUCCACGCGUUGUUAUCAUGGACAACGCCUGCAACUUGCACACGUACUGCCUGCGACGCGAGCCCUACUUUUUCCGCAACGUGUGGUUCCUUGUUGACAGGUUGCAUUAUUGCAACCACGUGAACUGCUCAAGUGGCUACAAGGUUGACAACUUUCCCUUUCUCAAGGACAUCAGCACAGUCACUUGCGAAGUCUUCAACUCAACGUUCAAGGCGGUCGUGAAACAAGCUGGAUUCAUGGGAAUGGAGAAUUUUAUUCUCUUCACCAAGCACUUCAUGACUGCCACCAACGACCGCAGAGUCGCAACAGUAACAAGCGAAACUCGAGCGAAGCGCCACUCCCCUGCUCCCAGCUGA